ACAUACGUCACCAAAACGCGACGGACGAUGAAAAGGGUUGUAAUUAUAACAUUUAUAAUCCGUGGACGACCAACGGAGUCCCGUUGAAAACAUAAUAAAAGAGAAGAUUACUCGUCACUUACACACACAUUUAAAUGGUUGAACUGUAGUGCACCAGGAGCUGCUGCAGCAGCAGGGAUGAGGAUCCGGCUGCAGGGUCCCGGCCAUGCUGCCAGCCUUCUUGCUGAGCUCAACCGCUGCCGCCAGUCACGUCAAUACUGUGAUGUGUUCUUACAAGUUGGCAACCGCACAUUCGCGGCGCACCGUGCAGUACUGGCCUGCGCUGGGACGUACUUCCGCAACCUCUUCGCCCGGGCUCCAGCCUCAUCCACCGCUGCCGUCUCUUUGGAGUUUAUCUCACCAGCCAACUUUGAGAAGGUGCUGACGUUCGUCUACACGGGGGAGAUCUUGACUGAUCUCAUAGAUGUUGGGGUACUGUAUGAGCUGGCUGAGAGGCUGGGCGUUAGUGAACUGGUGAGGGCCUGUCAUGCCACAUUCCCUGACCUGCAGGCUUCAGUGUCUGCAAACUGUAAAGCAGGCAGUGCUGGAGACCUCACCCUGGACUCCAGCAUGGUUGCUGCUGCUGAUGCAUCGACAGCGGCUGUUGUGAGUGCAGCUUCUGUAUCUGCAUCAUCGGUGUGUUCUUCCGCCGCUUCCUGCUCGUCUCUGUCUUCGUCAGCUGCUCCAACCCCUGUUGCCGCUCCCUCGCCUCUCUUCCAAGCCAGGACAGCCAGGGCCGGCCGUGAAGCUCACACUGGGGGUCUGUCUCUGGACCUGAAGGCAGAAGACGUUCAGUCUCAUAUCGGCUAUGGGCAGAUGGCAGCAGAUCAUCAACUACCAGGAAGACACAGUCUUUUAAGCGGCAGCCAUUCCAGUCGCAGUGAUGGCGGUCUGCCUCCAGGGCCUGUGCUCCAGCUAAAGAUUGAGCAGGGGCUGGAAGAGGAGGCAGAAGGCAGUUGUGAUAGUGGAGACAGAGACAGACAAAUGGUUUCUGAGAGCGCGGGAAGCUCUCUGCCUCAGAGCAGUGAUGCUGGACCAUCUGACUCCUGCUCCUUCCCCGACUCUUCGGCUCAGCUCGGCGCUGAGGCAUGCAACCCCACAUCGUCCUCGGGAGAGGCUCUAAGCAGCCUGCAGGUGGGACCAGUGGAGGGUGGCAUGGUGCGUUUGGAGAGGUGGAGGAGGGGAGAGAAUGAGGAGGAGAGCGAGGCUCUGCAAGGGAAUGGAGCGAUGGAGGGAGCAGAGGAGGAGCAGUGGAGACAGCUGGCAGGUGAGAUCAUAGAGCUGAGCGAUGAUGAGAACUUCAUGGAGGAGGGAGAUGAGGAGGAUGAUGACGACGACCUUGUGUGUGUGGAGAAUGGAGAACAAGGGAACUCAAGCAGCCAGGUGACGGGGAACAUGCUGUCAUGUAAAGCCUGCGAAGUGCCGCUCCCAGCAGAUCCAGCUGCCAUCAGAAGACACGCUGAGACCCACCUGACGGAGCUGGGGCUCUGCAGAGUGUGCGGGGUCUCGUUCCCAGACCGCGCCGCCGGCGUCACCCACUCCCUCUCCCACGUUGGGGUGCAGCUCUUCACCUGUGAAAUGUGUCACUUGCAGUUUUGCGGGCAAAACAAACUGCUGCGCCACCACCGCCAGGCAGCCUCCAGUUACACAAUACCACAGGGGGCUCUGACUAACAGCAGCCAAGGCCUGAGCUCCGAGCUGCAGUGUGCAGUGUGCGCCAAAACCCUCAGCAAGGACCUCCAGACUGUCAAAGACCACCUGCUGAGCCACGUGUGUCCGCAGAGCCUGAGCUGUGGUGUGUGUCACCUCCCCCAGCUCUCCUUGUGCUCCCUGCUGUGGCACGCCCUCGCCCACCUCUCUUUGCCCGUCUUCACCUGCCCACACUGCGCUCGCUGCUUCGUAGAGCGCUCCCUGCUGGACAGACAUAUGACUGUCCAUGCUGAGGAGGCGGCAGCUAAGGAGAGGGAGCGGUCAACGCAGAGGGCUUUCAGAGUCAGGGCAGAUGGAAUGGCAGAAGUGGAGGAGUUGCAUUGCUUCCUGUGCCCCCAGACUUUCCGCUCCUCGUCUGCCUUUCAGUACCACCUCAGCCUGCACACCACUGAUUCCCUGGGGAGUGGUGGAGGUGUUGGGGGCCAGGGCUUGCUGGGCAAACGUAAACCUGACCAGUCUCUGGAGUGCCCUCCUUCUUCCUGCUCCUCGUCCUCUCCACGGGAGGUCGGCGGCCUCGUUAAAAUUAGCAACCUGGGUUUAGGGUUGGGAAUGGGCUUCAGCAUAACAGAUAAGUUUUUCCAGGGGUCAGUACACAGCCUGCCCUCUGGAGUCAUGAUCAACGGGAAUUCAGGGCAGGACGGGGGAGCCGGAGCAGCAGGCAUCCGUGGAAAAUGGUACCGGUGUCGCUACUGUGGUAAACAUUUCGCCCACUCGGGGGAGUUCACCUAUCACCUCCGCAUACACACCGGGGAGAAACCCUACCAGUGCAAAGUCUGUCUGCGCUUCUUCAGAGGCCGCUCCACCAUGAUCUGCCACCUGAAGACGCACGCCGGUGCUCUCAUGUACCGCUGCACCGUCUGCGGCCUUUACUUCUCCACGCUGAAGCUGGUGUCGUCACACAUGGAGCUCCACAAGGACCACCUGCCCCCGGACUUCAACAUCGAGCAGACCUUCAUGUACAAUGAUCAUUCUAAAGAGCCACUGCCCACUGUGGACACCUGAUCAGCCUGGUGUUUCUUAACUCGUCCCCUUUCCCUCUCACAUGUCCUCUGUGUCUGGUUGUCGUGGACCACAUACCGCAUAUAAUAGACUAGGGCUGUAACUAACGAGUAUUUUCAUUUCUUUUUUUUUUUUUUUUUUUUUUUUUGGUGAAUGGAUUAAUCGUUUAAUCUGUAAAAUGUCAAAGAAUUGUACAAGAAAAUUGCCACAGUUGCCCAGAGUCUAAAGCUGAUGAUACACGGGGCAACUUUUUGAGCAAUGUUGCUGGGCAAUCUUGCUAGUGGCAAGUCCGACUAUGUUUUGAAUGGAUAGCGGUGGUGCGGGGCGAGUGGCGGAGUGAUGGGGGAAGGGGAUUACGGUAGUAAUCUUUACUCAUUACUGUUGACGACAACGUUGCCCUGCACGAUUGUUCUAAAAGUUGCUCUGUGUAUCAUCAGCUUUAGGUUGCAUCUUUAAAUUGCUUGUUUCAUCCAAAGAUAAUCAGUUCACAGUGAUAUAAAACUGAGAAAGCAGCAAAAACUCAUGUUUGAGAAGCUGGAACAAGCGACUGUUGGUAUUUCUUGCUUGAUAAAUGACAAUAUCGAUUAUCAAAACUGUUGCAGAUUAAUUUUCUAUCAAUCAUAGAAAUUUUAAUUUUAAUCAAACUAACUAAUUGUGUGAGCUCUAUAAUCGGCGUAGACUUUUAGAAUGUAGUGGACAUAUUAUCUGUCAGAUGGCGUUCACUGAGUCAACCUGUUUGGAGGUUGAGUGUCUUUGAACUUAGAUAAAAAGAAGCCACUUGGUGGCAGCGUAUCCUGUUGUGUGUCAGCGAGGCGCAUUGUUGACUGUUAUGCAGCGCUCUGCUUGUAUCGUAUACUCCAAACAAGUCUGUAUCUUUAUAACUUAAACAGCAGGAGAGGUUUUUAUGUCAGCGAUUGAGAAAUACACUGUUAUUAAAGUAGCACCUCAAUGUAGCAUAGAAAUUAUUUUCUUAUAAUUGCAGUCACUAUUUUCACACACUACAAUUUCUUAUGUCUUUUAAAGUUUCAUUUAUCACUACACAGAUAUAACAUGACCAGCCAUGUCAAAGUGUGUCAUUGAAGCAUAAAAACAUGUUUAUGAGUGCUUUCAGAAUAUUCCAUUUAAUUACAUGCUGUAAUCACUUGUUUAGAGCAUGUGGAGCAUGUCGUGCUGUAGAAACAUGAUAUUUAAUUAAGUGCCCAUUACAUUUCUGUGUAAUAUUUGUGUCUUACCUCAUAUUUAUGAUGACAGUGCAACUAUUUAUUAUUUUUUUAUGUCUUUAUACAUUUCAUUACCUGUUUCUAAAGCUAUCUGUGAAUGUUGGGCUUUUUUAAAAUAUUGUUUUUGAAAAGAAUACAUAAUAAAUGCCUCUAGGAAGACUGUUAUUA